CAGGUGUUCUCAGUGCCAAUUCUGCCUCGAGUGGCGCCACACGGAGGCAAAGAAGCUAGCAUGCCCACUCUGCCAGCCUGCCCUAACCUCUGACGGCGACGCUGCCGACGAGUGUUGGUGAAGCUGUGGGCAAGAGUGACAGUUCUACGAUGGUGAGGUAAUGGUGAUUUGCGACAGUGCGAAAGGAAAGGCCAGUCUCGUGUAAACUAGUGACGGUGGAAGGCUGUGCGACACGGAAAUUGUCCAAGGAGAAAAAUAUAUUCAAAGCUUCGGGAAAUAAUAAGUGAGUCAGGAAAAUCAGUCCUGGUUAAGAAAGAAAGAUCAGGCUAGAAUCCUGGGAAAUCUUUAAAAAAAUCAUAUGAAAACGACAGCAAUGUGCCGGUGUUGAAUGUAGUGUGCCAAGUAGAGUCUGGUUAUAAAAGAAUGUGAUAUUUACAAAGGGAAAGAUUUGAAAAAAAAAAUCCAUCGAAAAAUAAGUUAGUUAUAUAGCUGUUAUACCAAAGUACGUAAUUACAUUUAACAAACAAACACGCUGAUAUACAUACAUGCAAGAACCCACACCUUAAUCAUCGUUUUCACAACCAAACAGAAUAUCUAUCCUUCACACGCAACCAACACUCCCUGCCACAUUCCACCACAAACCACUUUGCCAGACUAGAUUCAGCUGGUUUGCUCACCACAGCCCAACGGAACGACCCGGUUGUCAGCCAACCAACCAGUCCCUUACAACCCACUAAUAAACACCACAACAGCAACUCCUUUCAACCAACAUUCCAAGACACUGGCAGACUUCUCCCCUGUAUCUCCGUCGGUCACGACCCCGAGACGCCCCUUUCCUUGUAGUGGUCAGUAUGUGGAGGGAGUCGAGCCGUAGCUCCAGGACCACCUCCCUCUGUGGCUCAUCACCGCACUGCUCUGGAGGUCAGCAAGACCCCGGCGCUCUGGCACCCGUGAGCAGAAGGUAGCGGCGAGUGCUUUUCCUCUCGCGUGAUCAACAAGUAGGCACUGGAACUUGGCUGCUUCUUAUGAGGCUUUAUCUGCAUCCAUUGGGAACGUCUGUUGACUUGCGCUGGCACCCGCUCUCGCUGGCUCCAUUUAGCUCUUGCUGCCUUUGCUUCGACCCUCGAUGGUCCAGUCCAUCGCUCCGUACACGCCUGCCUCUUGAUCACCUAAAACAAUUUCUGCUGGAAUUCUGCUCAUCUCUGCUGCUGUGCCACUCCGCUGCUCACAUAAACUGCUGACGCUCUUCCUGCUGCUCCCGACUUCGCAAUUUAACAAGAUGGCCCCCCGUCGUCAGCCGGCUUCGCUGUACCAGCAGUGCGUGAACCACCUGGCACACCAGCUGGACUUCCUGUGCGGCGUCCAUGUGCACGCGCCCGACCACCCUCAGCUGCUGGCCGCCGUGGCCCACCUCGACGCCCAGCUGCCCGUCCCGCUUCAGGCCGCCAUAGGUGAGGCCCUCCUGACUAGCACUGAGAGGCUGCAGAUGACGCCGUCGCCCUCGCACGUGAGCCUCCUUCUGCGACUUCGCGUGCGUCGCCUGUCAACGAGCGGUUCGGUGGUGCAGUCGGGCGUCCUUGAGACGGCAGACGGAAGCUACCUAGAACACCUCUCUCUCUUCUACGGCGGCUGUGGGGAGCGCGCCACCCGCCUCUACCAGUUCUUGCACACACUUAGCAACCUCACCUACCUCAACUGCACCGACUUCUGCAACAAUCACAUGAUCGACAUCGUGGCCAGAACCUGCGACCACCUCCACUGCAUCGACCUUCGAGGCUGCUACGACGUCAACGAUGACGGCGUCUUGCGGCUGUGCGGGCUGGAGGACGGCCUCCGCGACAUCAUCGAGGUUCUGAGCAAAGGCGGGAGGCUGCAGCCGACCUCGCGCUGCUCGCGUUCGCUUAAGGAGAUCAAAUUCUCCAUGACGAAGGUAACGGAAGCAGGCGUAGCUGUCAUUCUCCUCGUUCUCACCAACAUUGAGAUUCUGCGAGUUCCGGACAUCAAGAUGGAGAAGGUUUUCAAGUUCUUGCAGACGCUUGAUCACAAAAAUGUUCAGUGCAACCUUAAAGAAUUUCACUCACGCGAAAUUCUCAAUGAAUUCCAGUUGACGGUCCUCACGAGCCUCUGCCCUAAUCUGGAAUACAUCCAGGUCUCGUUCAUCGGAAAUUCAGAAAUGGACCUGUCGCGGCUCCAGCAGCUGACUCGUCUCCAGAAGCUCCGCCGCGCAAAGUUCGCUGACGUGAACUGCGAUGCGUUGGUGUGGUUCCUGGAGCAGGUCGGGGGCCGCAUGACGCACCUCUUCCUCUAUACGUACCACACGCGCUUCGCUCAACAGAAGCUGAGCAUUACUCGCAACCACCUGCAGUGCCUCGCUCAAUAUUGUCCAAGUCUGGAGAGCCUUUGCUUGGACGGCUACCUGCUGGGGGAGGACAUACCGUAUCACCUGGCACCUGAAAACAUACAGUACUUCAAGACCCUCCGAACCCUCCAGGUGGCUUCCAUGAAACUUUCCGAGGACGACCUGAAGGUGUUCCUUAACAAAUGCCAAAACAUGCGGAUUCUGGAACUCGUCCUUCAGAAUCCACAUGUCCUCUACGACCGCCUUAUCUGCCAGCUCCUGGACGCGGGUGUCUGGGAGAACCUUGUCAAAAUCCGUGUCCUCAACUCGCCGAUCACGAGUAAGGUAAUGACCCGCCUGGUGACUGAGUGUCCGCACCUUCAGGAGGUCGGCUGCCUCUACACCUGGCUCGUUUCUAAGGAACAGGUGUCCGAGUUCAAGGAAAAAAUUCGGCACCAGAAUUUUGAUAUCGAAAUCUACUGACGGUGAGUACGCGCUUCGUGCGUGCUACACCCCGUUGUUCUCUUGCAAAAAUGUUUCAUUUGUGAUGACGCUUGCUGCAUACCACACGCAAGGUACGAAGUGAUAUGCUGUUUACGAGUGUGAUUGCCAAUUCCCUGGCGGCCGAAGGAAAUGUUAGGAACCCGAGGACUGUCUGAACACCUGAGCCAAAACGCGCAGAUGCUCUGUGUUCUGCCGCAUUUUAGACGUCAGUGUGAGAUCAGUAGAAGUUGCGUGAAGGUGAACGGAAAUCAAGGAAUACUUUCCUCUCCCCUAAAAAAGACAUGAUGAAGUGACCUGAUUUUUGCUUUAAUAUCGAGUCUAUUUAUUCUUUGAAAAAGUUCAAAAUGUUUUUAUUUUAUCUUUAUAUAACCUACACUCAAUGCAUCCGGACAACGGCCACAGCUGGCAACAGUGUGGUGAGAAAAACGCCAAGAAGAACAUUGAUAUCCUGCCAGGCUCGGCCUCUACCCCUGGUGCUAACAGAGGGACGAAGCAGCUGAAAAUGUUGGUAUUUCAGUGCACAAGAUAUUUAUAUGUAGCAGGUGAUACUGCGUGUAUAAAUUUCAAUUUUAGCAUUGUAUUGUCAAGUGACAGGCAAUCGACCUCACUUGCUGGAAGAAGACUGACCCUGUUCCCCCUAAAUAUUCCUACCUUAUACCAUUUAAGGCCUGACCAUUUAAAGGUCAGACAUAUUGGGCUACUAGCCGUCUGCUUAUCACUGAUUCGGGCGUCAGAUCAAAGAGCUUUAGCCAAGCUCGAAAAGGGUUAAUGGCGAUUGGAGAGUAAGGGUAAAGAAAAAAUACAGAGCCAGGGAUAUCCGCGUAUGAUCAAACAACCUGCUAGCUUAAUCGGUUGGCCGGUCUAAAGUUGGAGAUUCUGCCAAAGCCAAGUAGCCUCGACUAUGCUCUCUUUAGUUAGUCCACCCACGAAAGUUCGGUAUUUAACUCGAUUGCAUUGUUUUCUCAAAGAACGCCAAAGCUAUUACUGCAGAGUUGUUACUUGUUAUGUCUGGGUUGGCUAUUGCUCUUCCAUUUAAACAGCCAAGCUAAAACAUGUAAAACCCAGCUAUCGCCCAAGUUUUGACUAUGAGCCUGUGUAGGGGACUGGUAGGAUGUCUCAGAAUUUAUAUUAUAUUAAUAUAAACGCCUUUGUUGUACUAUUGAGUGCAAAACUUAAACUAGUUUUCACUCCAUUUUGGAAUAGUUUUCAGAUUGUUGAUAACGUGUUUAUUUUGAGAUGUAUCGUAUAUUUUAAAUCUGUAAGUCAUAAGAUGUCUAAAAAUACCAUUUCAUCAGCCAAUUCAUUCAGCAUUACUCAUACUAGGCGAGAGUCCAAAAUCAUGCAUAUUCGACACUUGUUAUUACAUGCGCUAACGUUCAAACUCGAAAGUAUGUUAUAAUACUGCAGUUUGCCGAAGUGGAAUGUGUACCCAAGAGAAAUAAAGAGUACGUAGCUUGAAGUCUGAUAGUUCUUGCUGCUACUUGGCAAUCUACAGUUUUUAGAUAUGCAGUUUUUACGACAUUUGUAAUAACAUUUGGUCGUGUCACCCAAGUACCUGUGCUCAGUCCGCCCUUAGCUGUCAUGAUCACAUUAGAAUCUACGGUAGUGUUAUUUUGAGUGUGAUUCAAUAUUUAUUCACCUGACUAAAAUCAUUUAGUGUCUCGUUGAUUAAGGCAGAGAGUGAGAAACCUGUUUAGUACCAGAGAAUACGAGUUACUAUUUUAACAAAUAUGUAUUUUAGACUAAAGCUAGUCAGUUUGCGAGCGCCACUGCGGCAUACUCAAGUGCUGGCUGAAACCAGAGAAUAUGUGUAACCAUUUUGCUUUUUCAUAAGCACUGAUGGUCAUCGCAUGUUUAAAGGCUGAAAGCUAACCGACGCAAUGCCAAAGGUGUGUAUUUCAAAGUCAGUAAUAAUAGGAAGCGAAAGGAACAGGCUCUCGGUGUCGCGAGAGACGCUUCCCGGGCUGGUCCUUCGUGUCGAUUUAUCCAAUGUUGUCUUUCACGCAGUUGUGACUUGUUUCUGAAUAAAUAGUUGAUUUUUUCAUUAC